AUGAACCGCCGGUCGGUGGUAUUGACGCUCGUGCUUGUCGCCUCGGUGUUUGUACUCGAUGAAAUUCAAGCCAAUUUGGCUGCCAGUUCCUCCUCCGAGUGUUGCAACACUUGCAUCGGCAAGACUUCGUCCGUUCCUUACAGCUACGACCCCGUUGUCUUCAACGACUGCACCAAGGUAACAGGAGGUGUCUGCUGCUUUGACUGCGGUAGUCUAGGAGACCCCACCUAUGGCGACAGUGUAUCAUACGGAGACGACGGCGUCACGGCUGUCGUGAAAGCGGGAUCCUACGUUUCGUUCACGUGGAGUGGCGUCGAGAACGUCACGUACGUGUCACUCAAGACCGGUCAGAAGAAAACCGUGACGCCUUCAAGUUCCGAUACAUCAGCAGAGAAGAAGUCCGAUACUUUUUUGAUCUGCGCAAAGGCCGCAGGUACCAUUUACUUUCGAGGCUGGGGCAGUGACGCCUGUCGCGAGGCGUCUCCAGAGCACGCGGUGACUGUGGAGACCGGUGACUCCAGCGACAAUACGUGCAAUGCGAACGACGUUCAGGUGCCUACUUCCGCUCCGAGUUCUAGUAAGAGUUCUGGUUCUAGCUCGAUAGAGGCUGAUGAAACUGUGGAGAGCUGCAACGAUCAGCGAGCGAGCGUGCAGGUGGUCGAUGGUAUGCGGACUUGCGUGUGCGUGUCGGACUGGACGCACCCUCCGGAAUGCGAUCGGUGGCCUGUGUGGAAGUGGCUCGUGACGAUCGGCGGUGCGCUUGCCACGCUGUUUUCCAUUGCGCUUUCAGUGCGAGCAUUCGUCCAAAGCAAAAAGAAGAAACAAGAAGAGGAGGAGAAUUAUCAGAUGAACCUGGCCACGAAGAAGCACGAAGAGGAAUAUAAAGAGAACUUGGCUCCGAUGGGGACUAAAAGCGACGUCGGCUUGGCUGAAAGCGGAUACCAUGGUGCUCCAGCGACCCCGUCCAAGGAGGUGCAGCGGACACCUGGAGGUACUCGAAAACCAGAUGAGCGCUUGUUCUCACUCUGA